UAAGUCCCAAGGUUCUGGAGGGUGGGCGUGGGAGAAGCCCUAGCUGUGGCUCCGAGGUCCUCCCCGCGUUCAAGGUGGCCCCAGGCGAUAGCCACGUUCAGAUCCUGGCUGGCAGCCAGGGGAGGGAGGUUGGGGGCAGCCAACUUCUAACCGCGGCGGGCGGCGACUUUCAGUUUCAUUUCCUCGGACCCUCCUGCCUGGGCCGCCGCCGCGAUGCCCAGCAAGUUCAGCUGCCGAAAGCUCCGGGAGACCGGCCAGUGCUUCGAGAGUUUCCUGGCUGUUGAGGGACUGGACAUGGAGACAGAUCGCGAGCGCCUGCGGACCAUCUAUAACCGGGACUUCAAGGCCAGCUUUGGGAAACCUGCCCCUGGCUUCUCCUCCAUGCUGUACGGGAUGAAGAUUGCAAAUCUGGCCUUCGUCACCAAAACUCGGGUCAGGUUCUUCCGACUCGACCGCUGGACGGACGCACAGCUCCCGGAAAGCAGGCGCGUGAAGCUGGGGUCGAACAUCAGCAAACACCACAGGUCGCUGCUCGCCAGGAUCUUCUGUGACAGGGCUGAGUAUCUUCAUGGGAAGCAUGGGGUGGACGUGGAGGUCCAGGGGACCCACGAAGCCCGAGAUGGACAGCUCCUCAUACACCUGGAUUUGAACCGCAAGGAGGUGCUGACCCUGAGGCUUCGGAACGGAGGACCCAAACCUGUUACCCUCACUCACCUCUUCCCUCUCUGCCUGACACAUCAGUUUGCCUUCUACUAUGGUGACCAGGACCUGCCCUGCUCACUGGGCCCCGGUGAAACCUAUGAGCUCCAUGUCCACUGUAAGACCAGCUUUGUGGGCUACUUCCCGGCCACUGUGCUCUGGGAGCUGCUGGGACCAGAGGAGUCCGGAUCAGAAGGAGCUAGAACUUUCUACAUUGCCCGCUUCUUGGCUGCCAUCGCACACAGCCCGUUGGCUGCACAACUGAAGCCCACGACUCCCUUCAAGCGCACCCGAAUCACGAGAAACCCUGUAGUGACCAACCGGAUAGAGGAAGGAGAGAGGCCUGAUCGUGCUAAGGGCUAUGACCUGGAGCUGAGCAUGGCCUUGGGGACCUACUACCCACCUCCUCGCCUCAGGCAACUGCUCCCCAUCCUUCUUCAGGGAACAAGUGUCUUCACUGCCCCAAAGGAGGUUGCUGAGAUCAAGGCCCAGCUGGAGACGACCCUGAAGUCCAAGAACUAUGAGGCAAAGCUGCGGCUGCUGCUGCACCUGGAGGAGCUGCAAAUGGAGCGCGACAUCCGUCACUACGACCUGGAGUCGGUGCCCAUGACGUGGGAACCCGUGGACCAGAACCCCGGGCUGCUCACACUGGAGGUCCCUGGCGUGGCUGAGAGCCGCCCCUCAGUGCUACGGGGUGACCAUCUGUAUGCCCGUUUGUCGUCUGAGAUCCACCAGGAGGACCCCAUUACAUACAAGGGCUUUGUGCACAAGGUGGAAUUAGACCGGGUCAAGCUGAGCUUUUCCCCGAGCCUCCUGAACCGCUUUGUGGAUGGGCUGACCUUCAAGGUGAACUUCACCUUCAACCGCCAGCCCCUUCGAGUCCAGCACAGGGCCCUGGAGUUGACGGGGCGCUGGUUGCUGUGGCCCAUGCUUUUCCCUGUGGCCUCCCGUGGGGCCCCGCUGCUGCCCUCAGAUGUGAAGCUCAAGCUGUAUGAUCGGAGUCUAGAGUCAAACCCAGAGCAGCUGCAGGCCAUGAGGCACAUUGUUCUGGGAACCACCCGGCCAGCCCCCUACAUCAUCUUUGGGCCUCCAGGUACUGGCAAGACUGUCACAUUAGUGGAGGCCAUUAAGCAGGUGGUGAAGCACUUGCCCAAAGCCCACAUCCUGGCCUGCGCCCCAUCCAAUUCCGGAGCAGACCUCCUCUGUCAGCGGCUCCGAGUCCACCUGCCCAGCUCCAUCUACCGCCUCCUGGCUCCCAGCAGGGACAUCCGCUUGGUACCCGAGGACAUUAAGACCUGCUGUAACUGGGAUGCUAAGAAGGGGGAGUAUGUGUUUCCCUCCAAGAAGCAACUACAGGGAUACCGGGUCUUAAUUACUACCCUCAUCACUGCCAGCAGGUUGGUGUCUGCUCAGUUUCCCAUCGAUCACUUCACUCACAUCUUUAUCGAUGAGGCUGGUCAUUGCAUGGAGCCUGAGAGUCUGGUGGCCAUAGCAGGUCUGCUGGAAGUCAAGGACACAGGCAGUCCAGGAGGGCAGCUGGUGCUGGCAGGAGACCCUCGGCAGCUGGGGCCCGUGCUGCGUUCACCACUGGCGCAGAAGUACGGACUGGGGUACUCUCUGCUGGAAAGACUGCUCACCUAUAACACCCUGUACAAGAAGGGCCCUGACGGCUACGACCCCCAGUUCAUUACCAAACUGCUUCGAAACUACAGGUCUCAUCCCACCAUCCUGAACAUUCCUAACCAGCUGUACUACGACGGGGAGUUGCAGGCCUGCGCUGACCGGGUGGAUCGAGAGCGCUUCUGCCGCUGGGAGGGGCUGCCCCGGCAGGGCUUUCCCAUCAUCUUUCAUGGCGUCAUGGGCAAAGAUGAGCGUGAGGGCAAUAGCCCAUCCUUCUUCAACCCUGAAGAGGCUGCCACAGUGACUUCCUACCUGAAACUGCUCCUGGCCCCUUCCUCCAAGAAGGGCAAAGCUCGCCUGAGCCCCCGAAGUGUGGGGGUCAUCUCCCCGUACCGGAAGCAGGUGGAGAAAAUCCGGCACUGCAUCACCAAACUUGACCGGGAGCUGCGGGGACUGGAUGACAUCAAGGACUUGAAGGUGGGCUCUGUGGAGGAAUUCCAAGGGCAAGAACGCAGUGUCAUCAUCAUCUCCACCGUGCGAAGCAGCCAGAGCUUUGUACAGUUGGAUCUGGACUUUAACCUCGGUUUCCUUAAGAACCCCAAGAGGUUCAACGUGGCUGUGACCCGGGCCAAGGCUUUGCUCGUUGUAGUGGGCAACCCCCUCCUCCUGAGCCAUGACCCCGACUGGAAAGCAUUCCUGGAGUUCUGCAGAGAAAACGGGGGCUACACUGGAUGCCCCUUUCCUGACAAACUGGACCUGCAGCAGGGACAGAAUUUACUCCAAGGUCUAAGCAAACUCAGCCCCUCUACCUCAGGGCCCCACCGGCAGGAUGGGGAGGACGGAGAGCGCCUGUCGCUGCAAGUGGAGCAGGAAUGGAGGAAUGAGCUCUGAAGCACCGCCGCCUACCUUCUCACACCAGCUAAGCCUUAUCGCUGCCCGCCCUGCCCCAGAACUCAGCCCAGCCGCCCCUGCAAGAGUCAGGAAGGCUGGUGAAGUUUACAGCUCAAGCCAUCCUCUACCCCUUCCCCUGCUAGGGAAACCGACCCAAGCUGCUAAGAAUUGGGGGAAGGGAGAGGAAGAAAAGCUUUGUUCCCUCCUCCUUCUGCAGUACUUAGGGAUUGAACCCAGAGCAUCAAACAUGCUACGCAAGCACUAAAGAAAGUCUUAAAAAAAAAAACACUGUUCUAUGCAAAA